AUGCCUACCGUGCACUUGCUCGACUACGUGGCCGGGAACAUCCGUUCCUUGGUCAAUGCCAUCAAUCAAGUCGGCUACGAAGUCGAGUGGAUUAAAUCCCCCGAUGACGUGAAGAAUGCCGAGAAACUGAUCCUCCCCGGCGUCGGUCACUUCGGCCAUUGUCUUUCGCAGCUCAGCAAAGGAGGGUAUUUGGAACCAAUCCGACAGCAUAUCGAUGCGGGAAAACCCUUUAUGGGCAUUUGCGUUGGUCUACAGGCACUCUUUCAAGGCUCAGAGGAGGAUCCCGACGUCCCCGGACUGGGCUUGAUUCCAGCCCGCAUGCGGCAGUUUAACGAUAGCACCAAGAGCGUGCCACACAUUGGUUGGAACUCGGCCAUGAACACCGGCAUCGGAGGUUCAACGGAGCGGAGCUUCUAUGGAUUGCGGCCGAAAAGCAAAUACUACUACGUCCAUUCUUACGCGGCUCUCUACGAAUCGGGCAUUCUCGAGAGUGAUGGAUGGUCGGUCGCCACGGCCACUUACGGCGAGGAGGAGUUCAUCGGCGCCAUUGCCCGAGACAAUAUCUUCGCAACACAAUUCCACCCCGAAAAGAGCGGCCAGGCUGGGCUGCGUGUCAUCCGUGCAUUCUUAAACAGCGAUAAGGCCCAACUGCUCUCCCAGGGCACAGUUGUGGGCAAAGGAGAGGACGGACUAACUCGCAGAGUUAUUGCCUGUCUUGAUGUACGAACGAAUGACUCGGGCGAUCUAGUCGUCACCAAAGGUGACCAAUACGAUGUGCGCGAGAAGAGCGGAAUGGACGCUGGUGGCCAGGUCCGAAAUCUGGGAAAGCCCGUCGAUAUGGCCAAGAAGUAUUACGAGCAAGGAGCGGACGAGGUCACUUUCCUGAACAUCACCUCUUUCCGCAACUGCCCCCUCGCCGACACGCCCAUGUUGGAAAUCCUGCGGAGGACAUCGGAGACCGUCUUCGUGCCCUUGACCAUUGGUGGAGGAAUCAAAGAUGCCGUGGACACGGAUGGUACUCACGUUUCCGCUCUGGACGUGGCCACCAUGUAUUUCAAGUCUGGUGCUGACAAGGUCAGCAUUGGCUCAGAUGCGGUCUUUGCUGCCGAAGAUUACUACAGCGCCGGCGAAAAGCUCAGCGGCCAAACAGCGAUUGAGACAAUCUCCAACGCUUAUGGAAAGCAGGCCGUGGUGGUGAGUGUCGACCCGAAACGGGUCUACGUGGACCGACCCGAGCACACCCACCACCAUACAAUCAAAACCGUGCACCCCAAUGCUGCGGGGCGAAGCUAUUGCUGGUACCAGUGCACGGUAAAGGGCGGACGGGAAACCCGCGACAUGGACGUGCGACAGCUGGUGCGGGCGGUUGAGGCCAUGGGAGCCGGAGAAAUUCUGCUAAACUGCAUUGACAAGGAUGGGAGCAACAGUGGGUUCGACUUAGAAUUGAUCAACGAUGUCAAGGCCGCCAUCAAGAUCCCCGUGAUUGCUUCCAGCGGGGCAGGGAACCCCGGGCACUUUGCCGAGGUGUUCCGGAAGACAACGACGGACGCAGCCCUGGGGGCUGGAAUGUUCCACCGAGGAGAGUAUACCGUGAGCCAGGUGAAGGAUCAUCUCCAGGCAGAUGGGUUCCUGGUUCGUCAGUUUGAGGCUGACCUGUGA